GGCAACUCGACUCAUCUCCUUAUCUCCUUCACACUGCUCUCUCCCACCCACGUUCACUUUCUCUGGACAUCCGUUCUCCUUUAUCCUCCCCCAUGCCACCCAAGUUCGACGCCUCCAAGCCGGAGGUCGCCGCGCUCAUCAAGGAGUUUGAGGCAUUUGGUCUGAGCACCAACUCCGCGACCGAGCUUGUUCGCACGCCCAAGGCCGGCAACGCCUUUCGCGCGCUCAUUGACGAAACUGGCCUCACCGGCAAGUCGUUUGAGAACAACCAGGCCAAUGCGAUCGUUAAGCUCUCGGCCGUCGGCACCAAGCUCUCUCCUGACGCACGCAAGUAUGUGCUCGACCGCAUUGUGAGCGGCGACCUCAAGUCGCCCGACCAGGUAGCGGCUGCCGUCAAGUACCUCGAGAAGAACCCUUCCCUCCCCACUGAUGCUGCCGCUUUCGACCGAGCAUCCGGAGUCGGCGUCAACAUUACUGCUGCCGAUAUCCCCGGGUUGCUGGAGGCUCAUGUUGCCACUCUUUCCUCCCCACUCAAGUCAUGGCUUGAUCAGGGCCCCUUCAUGGGCACUAUCAAGAACAGCGAUGGGGCUUUGAAAUGGGCCCCUACGUCUGAUCUAAAGGCCGCCGUGGAUGCCUUCUUUACCGAGCGCUUCGGGUCUCGGGAAGCUGCCAACAAGGCUAGAGCUGAGGCCACCGCUGCCAAGGUCAAGGCCGCUAAGGAGCCGAAGAAGAAACCUGUGGCGGACAAGUCUGCUGAGACGACAUACGAGGCAUCCACUUCCACCUCCCCUUACAUCCCCACGCGCAUUUUCCAGGAGGGCUUCCUCUCAGAGUUCCAUGAGGUUGGCGGUAACCCGCAGAUCAACCCCAAGUUGAAGGAGGAGCAUCUGAAAUGGACUGGCGGAAAGGUCUACACCCGUUUCCCGCCCGAGCCCAACGGGUACCUGCACAUCGGCCACGUGAAGGCUAUCAUGAUCGACUUUGGUUACGCCAAGUUCCACAACGGUAGAACAUAUCUGCGCUUUGACGACACCAAUCCCGAGGCCGAGGAGGGCAAGUACUUCCAGUCGAUUCUCGAGACCGUGCGCUGGCUCGGCUUCGAACCCUGGAAGGUUACCUACUCCAGCGACAACUUUGACAAGUUGUAUAACUUCGCUGUGGACCUCACCAAGCGCGGAGGGGCGUACGUGUGCUUCUGUGAUGCCGAAAAGAUCAAGGCGGAUCGUGGCGGAGGCAAGGGCAACCCGGUGGCGUGCGAGCAUCGGGAUCGUCCCAUCGAGGACAACCUGCGCGACCUUGAGAAGAUGAAGAACGGCGACUACCAGGAGGGCGAGGCCUGUCUGCGUAUGAAGAUGGACCUGUCAAGCGGCAACCCAUACAUGUGGGACACGGUCGCUUACCGUGUCAAGAAGGCGCCUCACCACCGUACGGGGGACAAGUGGAAGAUCUACCCGACGUACGACUUCACGCACUGCUUGUGUGACUCUCUCGAAAACAUCACCCACUCGCUGUGCACUACCGAGUUUGUGCCCGCUCGCCAGUCUUAUGAGUGGCUCUGCGACGCGGUUGAGGUGUACAAGCCUCGCCAGUACGAGUUUGCGCGUCUCAAUCUUCAGGGCACAUUCCUGUCGAAGCGCAAGGUGCGCCGUCUCGUUGAGCAGAACCUGGUGAAGAGCUGGGAUGACCCCCGUCUUUACACCAUCAUUGCGCUGCGUCGCCGCGGUAUCCCUCCCGGCGCGCUGCUCGCGUUUGUUUCGGAACUCGGUGUCACUACUCUUCUCUCCGAGACCCAGCUUCAGAAGUUUGAGUCGACCGUCAGGAGAUACCUGGAGGACACGGCACCCCGGCUCAUGAUGGUGCUGAAGCCCAUCAAGCUUAUCAUCGACAACGUGCCUGACGACUACAAGGUGCCCGUGCAGGUGCCGCUACACCCGAAGGUGCCCGCCAUGGGUUCUGUCGAGACCAUGUUCACCAAGGAGGUGUACAUUGACGCAGACGACUUCCGCACCGAGGACUCGCCCGACUACUUCCGUCUGGCUCCCGGCAAGAGCGUGGGUCUCUUCAAGGCGCCUUACCCUGUUACGUGCACGUCGUUCAAGACGGACUCGGACGGCAACGUGACCGAGAUCCACUGUAACCUCGACAACGAGGGUGAGUUCAAGAAGCCCAAGGCAUACAUCCAGUGGGUGCAGGCUCCUGGCGCAGUGCACAUCGACGAGGUGCGCUACUUCCACCCGCUGUUCAAGCACGACCCGCCUCCUAAGGACUUCGAGAGCGACGUCAACCCCGACUCGCUUGAAGUGUUCAAGGGUGCCGUGGUCGAGCCGGCGUUCUACGAGCUCGCGAAGAAGGAGAUCAACCAGGCGCGCGCCGAGGCACACGCACGUACCCAGAAGGCGGCGGCGGAGAAUGAGGUUGCCAACGAUGAGGCCAAGCCCGCGGAUCACGCCCCCGCUGCCCAUGGCGACGAGCCCGUCGUCACGGCUGAUCAGCUUGUCGGCAUGGAGAACAUCCGCUUCCAGGCUAUGCGCCUCGCCUACUUUGCUGUCGACUCGGACAGCAAGCUCCAGUGCCUCGACGAGGCGGCCGACGCCAAGCCUGGCAAGCGUGCCGGCGACAAGAUCGUUCUCAACCGCAUCGUUUCGCUCAAGGAGGACGCCGGCAAGAAGGCGUAGUAGAUAUUUCAUGGUAGCUGUCGAAGUACAUCACGACUAUGCUAUCGUGCUUCAGCGCGAUUGCGGGCGUUGAAGCUGAUGAUGAGCAAGGUGACUGCGCCUGAUCGGUAGUCUUCUCUCGUCGCUUCAGUCGAUGAUUAACAAAAGCUCGUGAUUGUUAAUGCACAGUUAAGAUGUACUGUCCAUAGUGUCUACCAAGCGGCCAUCCU